GUGUUGGCAUGAACAGAAUUCGGAUCCAUGUUUUGCCGUCAAGCCGAGGACGCCUUACUCCUGUGCCGCGGCCGCAGGAGCCCCUGUCAUGUGCCUUCACCCACCGCCAGUGCUCCCAGCCGCGGCUGGAGGGGCAGGAGUUUUGUCUUAAGCACAUUCUUGAAGACAGGAGUGCCCCUUUCAAGCAGUGCAGCUAUGUUUCAACAAAGAAUGGAAAGCGGUGUCCCAACGCCGCGCCCAAACCGGAGAAGAAGGAUGGCGCGUCGUUCUGCGCAGAGCAUGCCCGUAGGAACGUUCUGGCGCUCCAAGCUCAAAUGAAGAAGUCCAAUCCUGGGCCCGUAAGCGAGACUCUCCUUUGCCAGCUCAGCUCUUACGCCAAAACGGAGCUGGGCUCCCAGACUGCAGAGAGCAGCCGCAGCGAAGCCAGUCGGAUCCUGGAUGAAGACAGCUGGAGCGAUGGCGAGCAGGACCCUAUCACGGUGGACCAGACGUGGCGAGGAGAUCCCGACAGCGAGGCUGACAGCAUCGAUAGCGACCAGGAGGAUCCCUUGAAGCACGCUGGCGUGUACACGGCUGAGGAGGUGGCUUUGAUCAUGCGAGAGAAGCUGAUCCGCCUGCAGUCUCUCUACAUUGACCAGUUCAAACGACUCCAGCACCUUCUGAAGGAGAAGAAGCGCCGGUACCUGCACAGCCGCAAGGGAGAGCAUGAAGCCAUAGGCAACAGCCUUCUGACAGGCCCCGAGGGGCUGAUGGCCAAGGAGCGUGAGAACCUGAAACGCCUCAAGUGUUUGCGCCGCUACCGGCAACGCUACGGCGUGGAGGCCCUGCUCCACCGGCAGCUGAAGGAGCGCAGGAUGCUGGCGACUGACGGCGCUGCUCAGCAGGCGCACACCACCCGCUCCAGCCAGAGGUGCUUGGCCUUUGUUGACGACGUCCGAUGCUCCAACCAGUCCCUCCCGAUGACCAGGCACUGCCUUACGCAUAUCUGCCAGGACACUAACCAGACUCUGUUUAAGCCGUGUCAAGGCUCCGAGGAAGUGCCCUGCAACAAGCCGGUUCCCGUCAGCCUCUCCGAGGAUCCGUGCUGUCCGCUCCAUCUCCGCUUGCCUCCGCAGAUGUACGUCCCCGAGCAGGUCCUGGCUGUCCCCGAGGAACUGGAAGCUGCCCCCACAGACCUGUACUUGAGCGCCGCUGAGCUCCAGCCCACGGAGAGCUUGCCCCUGGAGUUCAGUGAUGACUUGGACGUGGUGGGCGAUGGUAUGCCGUGUCCCCCGUCCCCUCUGCUCUUUGAUCCAUCUGUGGCCCUCGACCAGUCCCUCAGAGACGUCGCCGAAGCCCCCAUAGAUAUCCUGGCCCUGGAGGAACCUUCCCACCCGGGCAUCCCCCCGCAGACGGUGCCGACAGACCGGGGCGGCUCCUCCGCUCACGUCUUCUCCUUGGCCACUGAGCCACCAGCCGAGCUGCCCACACAGCCACGCAGCUGGGCCCUGGUGGGUUGCCCCGUGCUGCCCCAUGGUCUGGAUGAUGUUCGGAGUGUCAGGGGGUGGCAGCCGGAGCCUGUCCCCAGGCAGGGAGAGGAGGACGAGGGGUCGCCGCUUUCGGGAGCUGUCAUCUGGGGGGCUUCUGCUUGUCAUCUGGGGGCUUCUUGUCAUCUUGGGGCUUCUGCUUUCUCCUGGAGUCUGGGUUUUGACUUGGAACUUGUUCCUCCUGUCGCACCUGGAGCUGGUGGCCGGCUCGGGAUGUGCCCGCAGGGUGUUGUCUUUGGAGAUGUCACCAGCCACUCGGUCCUGCGUCCCCUCUCACCCCUCCAGCACUGUCCCCGCCAUCCGGGAGCUGAGUAUUUGGGGUGGGGGGACCCCAGCCCUAGAGCAGGCAUCCCCCAGGCCCUGAAUGAAGGCCACCGGUUUGCCGUAGCCGGUGGUUUCAAGCAGGAGCCCAGAGGAACCGUCUCCCGGUCUGUUGGCGCUCCCAGCCCGGUGGAACGGCCAAUUCGUGCGGGGAGCGACAACGGCUGCCGUUUGCCUUCGCCUCGGCCUGGCCGCGUCCCCCUGCCACCAGCCCACCGUCCUUUUUCUGUCCCCAACAGAGUCCCCUGCCGCUGGCAGCGUGUCGACCGGCGCCCCAGGGACAACAGGCGGCCGGAGGAUGCCGUCACCUCUGCCCAGCCCCGCGGAGCGGCCGCCAACGGGAGCCUGGAGCCGGCGUCCGUGAGCUGA